AAUGUCAAAAACGGCAACUAGCAGUAGGAAUCUUCAUAGUUCAUAGAACAGAGACGAAAAGAAAGAGAGAAAAACAGUGGGAUUGACUUUAGUUUGUGGGUGAUCCUUGUGUUUGGAAAUGGCCGCUGAGAGCGAAAAGGGAAGUGUAUGUGUAACGGGUGCAGGAGGGUUCCUUGCCUCAUGGCUCGUAAAGCUACUUCUCUCCAACAACUAUAUUGUCCACGCUACAGUUAGACAACCCGGAGAUGUGAAGAAUGCUCAUUUGAGUGAAUUUGAGAACGCAUCCACAAACUUGAGACUAUUCAAGGCAGAAUUACUGGAUUAUGACUCCAUAUGUUCAGCAGUUGAAGGGUGCAUUGGAGUAUUCCAUGUUGCUAGUCCAGUUCCAGUUCCUAAAACCACAGUACCAAACCCUGAGGUAGAAGUGAUUGAGCCUGCUGUAAAGGGCACACUUAACGUACUGAAAGCAUGUCUUGAAGCAAAAGUUAAGCGAGUUGUUGUUGUGUCCUCUUUUGCUGCUGUGGGCAUGAAUCCAAGUUGGCCCAAGGAUCAAGUGACUGAUGAAACAUGUUGGUCUGAUAAGGAAUAUUGUAGAACUACUAAGAACUGGUAUUGUCUUUCUAAAACGGAAGCAGAAAGUGAGGCCUUGGAAUUUGCAAAAAGAAGUGGGCUUGAUGUUGUAACUGUAUGUCCUUCCCUUAUUUUAGGGCCAAUUCUACAGCCUUCAGUGAAUGCAAGCAGCGUGGUUAUCUUGAAACUUCUGAAAGAUGGUUCUGAAUCACUAGAAAACAAGUUCCGAAGGAUUGUAGAUGUACGUGAUGUAGCUGAGGCACUACUAUUGGCCUAUCAAAAGCCUGAGGCCAAAGGAAGAUACAUAUGCAUAGCACACAUAAUCAAGGCAAAGGAUCUGAUUGACUUGCUGAAAAGUAUAUACCCCAACUAUAACUAUCCUAAGAACUUUACCGAAGUGCAUGAAGAAGAAAGGGUGAGUUCUGAGAAAUUGCAAAAAUUGGGUUGGAGCUUCCGGCCAUUGAAGGAAUCUUUAAUUGAUUCCGUUGAAAACUAUUGCAAGGCUGGACUCAUUGAUUGAAAACAUUGGAUUGUAAUUUUUAUCUUCCUAACUAAGUAUAGGUUUCAUAAAGGCAACAGUUAUGGCUUAAUAUAAUGAUUUCAAAGCAAAACUGAGUUUGGACCCGCA